AUGAGGUCGCCCUAUCACAACACCGAUUACAACAAUGACAAACGUCCUCGGCGUCGCGCCUUUUUGCUGCAGCAACAAUUGCUUGCGAAUUACACCAAUGGUCAAAAUCUAGUCCGACCCGCAUUGAUAAUAUUCAUGAGCACCAUGAUCUUGGCCGCCCUCCAAUCCAUGGAUGUUUUGGUGCUCUUUCCAGUCGCCGCCACCGAAAUGGCCCAACGGUCACUCCGAACGCCCUCCAAAACGGUGGCCCUCAAUCUCACAGGAGUUCCACUGUGGAAAUCCUUCUUGACGGACGAAGAACUGGAAGGUGUUGUGGCGGAUAAUAAGGAAGAUGUUUUCGCGGCGGCGUCGUCGCCUAACAAGAAUACCAACUCGGUCACCAUUGUCUUGACGGGGGACGUCCAUGGACACAUUCGACACGCGUGUUUGGGACCCAUUUGUUAUCCAGGUGCUCCUCACAUUCGAUCCGUCAUGGAACGGAUACGACAAAAUAAUAAGGCUACUUCUACUAACGUAUUACUGCUAGAUGCGGGGGACUCGGGAUUUGAAGAACCCAAAUUGGCGGCCAAGACGAUGCAUUUUUUGAAGUACACGGCCAUGGCCUUGGGGAACCACGAAUUGGAUUUGGGUGCGGAUUCCGUCCAAACUUUUUUUCACGAUUUGGUUGAUAUUCCAGUCUUGGCGGCCAACAUUGAUGGGCUCCCCAAUAUACAGCCCUAUCUCAAAGUGGACGUGGGAAACAAUGAUACGGUAUGUAUCAUUGGAUUGACGGCAGAAGAAGUGAAUCCGCUGGCGGGGCCAGACGUUCACAUUCGCGAUGUCAAUAGUACACUGGAUGCCAUAUUAUCAUCGUUGCGAAAUGGUAACCAGCCAAAAGACACGACUGCGGACGACGGGGAAACCAACAAGAAUCGUACGGCUGCUGCUGCUGCUGCUGAUGAGGGUAUCACCACGCCUGCUCCCACCAACAAACCCAAACCAACUUGCACCAAGACCAUUCUCCUAUCCCAUGCGGGGAUUGAAAUUGAUCAAGAGCUGGCCCACAAUCUUGGUGACAAGGUCGAUUUGAUUCUGGGCGGCCAUUCGCACGUCGUCACGGGAAAUCAGAUGCGGGCGCCCGAAACGAUGGAAUUUGGACUCUUGGCAGAUCCGUCGACCGACCCCAAGAUUUUGCAUUCGGGUGCCAAUGGGCGCUUUGUGGGACUGGCACGAUUGGAGUGGGACAGCGAUACCAAGGAGACGACCAAACUACACUCGGAAGUAUUGCCGUUGGAUGCCGAACAUGGCAUUGAACCGGAUAAGGAAAUGAUGGAUUGGUUGGAAGGUCAACACCAUCAUUUGCAAGACGAUACCUCGGAAAAUACACCAGAUAUUCAAUUCCUAAUACAAGGCGAGGAAAAAGUAUGUGCCCGUCGGUGCCGCUUGGGGGAUUGUACCAUGGGGCAGUUGGUGACAGAUGCCAUGCGAUCAUGUCUGGAACAUGGGCCUUGUUUAUUGCCAGAAGAAUCGAGCGGAUAUCCUGUAUUGGCCUUUUUAGAAUCUGGAACACUGAGAAAUUGUUUAGUGUCUGCGGACACGGACUUUAAACGGGUAUUGCCAUGGCCCAACAAGCUGGUGGUACUUCAACUAAAGGGCAAUGUGUUGAAAAAUUUCUUGAGGCACGGUCUGGAUAGUCGAAGCAAUCGUCAUGGAGGCGGAUUGCUGCAAGUAUCUGGGAUUCACUACCACUACAACGAAAUGGAAUUAGUGUCCGUACUAUGGGAUCCCCAAACGACAGGUUCUCCUGGGAGCUCGGUUUCGCAUCAGUUUUAUCUCGAUACCACGCAGCAAUCCGUGUUGGAUACCUGCCAAGUUCAUUCGCAAGCCACUCACCAACGAGUCAAUCUUGAUGAAAAGGGGACCUUCAAUGUCAUUGUCACAGACUGGUUGGCCAUGGGUGGGGAUGGGUAUGGAGAAUUGGUAGAGCAAGCCGAGGCGUACCACGAGACAAACAUUACCUUGAUGGACGCCGUCUUAUCCCAUUCCACAGCCUUGCCGCGGAUUAAAUAUGGCAAGGCACAUCGUCGGAUAUGGGCUGGUACGGAAGAAAUGAUAGUGGCAGAAGCGACAAGGAGCGGUAUAUCAGGCUUCAUGGGGGGAGCAGUGGCCUUUUGGAUUACCUUUCCCAUGUACACCUUGUUUGUCCGAAAGAGCGUGGAAACUCAACGCCAACGACCUUCCACAUACAUUAACAGCUGGUUCCAAUUGUGGGAUGGUGCUUUCAUGGGAACUGUCGCCACUGCAACAGCUGACGCGAUCUAUUUUAUAGUGUUUAGUUUUUCCAGUGUGGUGGUAUUUCGUGGGGUCGGCAAGUCCUUUAUUGCCGCGACGGUGAAUGGAAUUAUUACUACACCCAUGUGGGUGCUGGCAACGCAAAAGCAGCUGCGACACGAAUCGGUAAUAACCUUGGCACGAAAGAUCUAUCGCAAUAGUGGUUGGUGGGGAUUCUUUGAGUCAUUACCGCUGAACAUGAUCAUGUGCAUAUACCCAGUGGUCCGGCAGGCAAUUUUGGAAUGGCUCAACGAAAUAACGAGCAAUAUGGUGGUAUCAGCCACUCUAGCAAGUGCGGUGGCCACCAUUGUCACAUAUCCCAUUCAAAAGUGGCGUAUUCGACUGCAAUCCGGCGAAAAAGGCACCAUCUGGGAGACCUUUCAAUGGAACAACUUUUUCAAGGGACUGGAUUACAAAUUACUGGAUACCUGUUCCAAGAUUUUCAUUUUGUUCUUGGUCAAGGAACACAUUGACGUCGCUCUUUGCAUACUAGACACUCAAUAG